AUGUCGAUAUUUAGAGCACGGGAUUUCCUCUCAAAGUUAGGUGAUCUUAGUCGAACUCUGUUUUUUGCCAAAAUUGAGAAUGUGGAGGGCUUGAACCAUUUUGAUGAGAUCCUGGAAGAAGCAGAUGGUAUAACUCUGUCAAGGGGAAACCUUGGAAUUGAUCUUCCACCUGAAAAGGUGUUCUUAUUUCAGAAGUCUGCUCUGCACAAGUGCAACAUGGCCGGAAAGCCUGCUGUUGUUACUCGUGUUGUGGACAGUAUGACGGAUAACCUAAGGCCUACUCGUGCGGAGCUACUGAUGGGCAGACGCCGUGCUGGACGGAUAUGCUUCCCGCUAAAGCACCAGCAGCAGCUAAGAAGAUUGAAGAAUCCAAUAAGCCAUCUACUGAAGUGAAGAAUUCUGCGGUUGCUACUGCACAAAAGAAAAACCAGGAAUUGGACGGCUUUGAUAGUGAUUCUGAUGAUUCAUCAGAUGAGGAUAUGGCCACUAAAAGACCAGUAGCCAAGAAAGUGGUAGAAUCCAGUGAAAGUUCUGAUUCUGACUCUGAGGAGG